CAUGUUCAGAUCUCUCCUCUCUUACCGCUUGCUCGACUAACAGACGGAAGCUUGACGUGAUGAGACGGUGAAGAUGAUGAUGAAGAUCGCUGCUGAUUUCAGUGUCGUUGUCUCUAACCGUUCACCGUAGAGCCGCUGUGAGAUCCGGGUUACCGGCGCGCUCGGAAUAAACGCGCAGCUGAAUUCACUCGAUCUGUGGAUCUUCACACUCACCGAAGAAUAUUAACGACUCGAGCCGCGUGAAAGCAGCGCGAGCGAGCGGUAAACACACGACUGAUGUACAGGGUACGAGCCUGGCCGUUGGUCGCGCGCAGGCGUGAACGCGCCUCAUGAAUAGCGCUCGCGUAAUGCCGCCCUCUGCAGGUCACGCGACAGAAGCGCUUCAGCCCGUCUAACCGCGUUCUUUAGCCAUUCGUGACCGCCGGUUUGACGCUAACGUCUGUCUAGCUGAAAUAACCGAUGAAAAACCGUUACACAACACAUGAAACGAUGGUCAGCUGAUCGGUGUUUCUAUGGACGCCAAUAUUCCACACAUCCGGGACGAGCUGCUGAACCCGGAAACAGAAUCGCUGUGUGAUUGACAGCUGCAGACAGCACCGCGCAUCCUAACAAAGCCAAAGAACGAGUCACUCCAUUAUGAUUCCGAUGAAGAUGGUUUCAUUACGGUUCAAAUGAGAGUCAACGGAUGAUCCUGCAGACUUCGACGGGACUGUGCGCUGCUGACUGAUUUCUCGGAGCUGGUUGUGGUCAGUGUCCAGAUGUCUCUGGCUCAGAGGGUUCUGCUGACCUGGAUCUUCUCGCUCCUCUUCCUCAUCCUGCUGGUGCUGAAGCUGGACGGAAAGGUCAAGUGGAGCUGGUUCCUGGUCUUCCUGCCCGUCUGGGUGUUUGACAGCAUCCUGCUGCUGAUGCUGGGUGUGAAGGUGGCGGGCCGCUGUCGGGCGGGUUACGACCCGCGGCUGAAGCUCUGGUAUCUGCUGGCUCUGAUGAUGAAGGUGGGCUUCUGUGUGACUCUGUGUGCGCGGCUGGAGCAGCUGACCAACCUACGACUGCUGAUCAUCUGUGUGCCCCUCUGGACACUGCUGACCGGAGCCCUGAUCCAGCUGGGAUACAACAUCCUGCCCCAGCGCUCAGACUGACACACACACACACACACACACACACACACACACACUCACGGAAUGAUCUCUAACAUCUGUACGUGAACAGAAAUGUUUCUACAGAGAUCAAACAUUCUGGUGUUUCUGUUCUUU